UUUUCCUAUUGGCUUUCCUGUACGACCAAGAAGAUGUACCCAAAAUGUACGUGCCCAAGAAAGAGGCACUGCUGCACUGCCUGCCGCAAGAGACUCGCGACUACCACUUAAGCACCUCUUUUCCCACCUAAUCAGGACACCUGCUCGUGUUCAUGCUAAGAAAACCUCCCCAUGGUUCGCAUAUAAAUACUCACACAUCCCUUCCUUCAUUCCAUGAGUUGGAAAGAGAUGAUAGUAUGAUACAAUUGUAAGGCAUGUAUAGCAAAGACAGGAGAUCGAUCAUGGCAGGGAUAGAGUGCGAUGAUAAAUCCACCAACCCACGAUUCAAGCUCUUCGGUUUCCUUGUUUCCGACAACGACGAACUCCUCGCCCCUACGGCGGAGGCCACUGGCGACGCGGCGGCAGGAGGCGGUGCCGCAGACGGGAGGAGGUACGAGUGCCAGUACUGCUGCCGGGAGUUCGCGAACUCGCAGGCGCUGGGCGGCCACCAGAACGCCCACAAGAAGGAGCGCCAGCAGCUGAGGCGCGCUCAGCAGCUGCACCGAGCCUCCCUCCACCGCUCGCCGCUGGCGGCGGCGAACGUUAACUACCACCGGAGGGCUGCCUCCCCGGCCUUCGCUCCGCCGCGGUCGAGCUGGGUUUGGUACUCGCUCCCGAGCCCACCGGCCUCCCAUUCAUCCCUCGCCGCACGUGCAAUCUUACCCUCGUCGGUCCCGCCGCCGCCCCCCUACUACAGCACGUCAGCGGCGUACGGUUUGGAUGGGGACGGGGACCUCCGGUGGUGCUCCGAAUCGAGCCGUCCCAUCAACGGAACCCGGCUCGACGGGAGUACUGUGGCGGAGGGUGCGACGGAGGACGUGGAUCUCCACCUUAGUCUUGCUCCGACUGGCUCGUGACUCCUCCGUGUUCACACGAUGCACGUCACCGAUAUAUCUUUAUGAUGUGUAUGCACGAUACUUCUUCUUUCUUGCUUUUGAUUAGUAUUCUCUAAGUAAAUGUGUGCUCCUACGGAUUGGGUGGCCUCUAUCAAGCGUUACCCUUUUUCUCCCUUUCUUCUGUAAGCCCACUUUGAAUUAAAGUAUACUUAAGAAUGUAGAGAAGGAAGCAAUGAACUCGAGGCGCCCUUCAGAGUGUGUGCUCUUCUUUUCUAGCUUGUAGAAAAAGAAGAAGAAAGGCGAUGGUUAGGUCGUCUAUUGCUGAAAGACGGGUCAAAAUAGGAAUAAAAGAGAGCGUCAUCCUAAGAUACGUAUCACGUCGUUU